CAAUUAAUCUGAGCACGCCCUGAUAUCAGGAUAAUUUUCUAAAAUUAAUAACGCCUCCCAUUGGAAGGCUUCAUUUUAUCAGUAACGCGAAAACAAAUACUGAAGUGACAUAAGCGAUCCUUUGAAAAAACCCAACUCAAAUAAGGUCUGAUAUUAUCACCCUUAUCUGUUAGUUAAUAGGUCGCUCAAAGGUGCUCACGCUUUGCUUUUUGUGAAAUCGUGAUAAGAAGCUCGUGACAUGAUUUAAUCUUUUAACAAUUAAAGUAUAAACUGUGAGGCACUCAACUCGGGGCAAGAGCGAAGAAUGUAGAGACACUGGCUCUAAACAUUUGUUACUUUGUGAAACAGGCCAAGAAACAAACGCCAGUAAAAAGAAACAGUUUUCAUCCUUGGUCCUUAUUAAGAGGUUUUUCUGCUGCAAUGUGAAUGACUCUCUGUCAGGAACCUCUGAAUCUCGCUAUUCAAGAAGGUUGCUGAUAAUAACAAGUGAAGAUACUGUUUGAAAAUGACUGUAAUUGAAGUUUGCUUCUUAUUGCUGUUUGUCACCUGUGCCCAAGGAACAGAAUGUGAUGUAUUUGACGGGAACACCCUAAAAUGCAUAUUUCCAAACAAUGUCAACUCCACUCGGACAGAUUUUACCGCCUAUUUCUACCCCAGUGACAAUGGUUAUCCAGAGCUGCUUAUUGACUGUGUAUGGGUUGGUGACAGGCUUGAGUGCAUCCAACAGGAAGGUUUCAGUUGCAUGCGGCCAGUGUCAAACAUUGCCCAAAUCAAACUGCAUACACGAUUUUCUGUGAAAACUGGAAAAUAUAAGUGCAUAGCUGAAGGUGUCAGACAUGAAGACUCCAAACUUUGUCAGUAUACCAAUAGCCAGCCUGAAAAAAAAGACGAGAGCCUACAUGAAGACGAACAGAAGUACGAUCGUAAAUGGAUUAAAGAAAAACACUCACCAAACAACCAUCUUGAUCAUGAAGACAAAGGCUCACCACCAGCUGCAGUUGGACCUGUCUUCGGAUCACUUAUAUUCAUCUUGAUCAUCUUGUCUGGCAUUUUGCUGUACACCAGGCAUAUUAGUAAAAAGAUAUUUUCAUCAAAGCUGCAAUGCCAAAGGGGAAACUCACUGAACUCAGAAGCAGGCAUAUUGAAUGGAGAAUCUGCAAGGUCAUAUCAAUCUACUGACCGCUUAGAUGUCUCCUAAUCACUAUUUUUCCUGCUUAAACCGAUGUCACGAGGCAGCUUAUGGAAGGUUGUAGAUGGUCCUGUGUCAUAUUGAAAUCAUACCAUAAAUCUGGUGUAUGCUUUUAAUGAAGAGGUUGAAGAGAAUGAACAAAGCACAAAAUACUCCCAUACAUAUUAUGCACCUUCAGUUUCUUUCUUAUAGCAAAGCUAACAAUUUAUUGUAUUUGUUUAGAAACCGUGUUAUAGUGGACUCAGGUACUUUUGUUUACUUUCUUUUGGGUCCAUUGCAGAAAGAUGGAUAAAGACUAGCUCAUCUGUAUGUAAAAUAUGACCUGAAGGGACUACAUUGUCCUGUUCAUGCUUACUUUUAUACUAGUAUUUUGUCACGGACCAGCGCUAUUUUUUUGCUUUGAUGAAAAUGUGUAAUAUAAUUUUAUUUUUAAGUACGCUAAGAACUGCUAUCAUAAAGACACCAAUGAAUAAAUGAAAAUAGGAAAAUAUCA